GCCUUAUCCUGCCUUCUUAUCCAAAAAUCCAAAAAUCGCUUCUUCUGCGACUGUCUCGCGCCAUUGCUGCAAACCAUACUUGGCGUCAUGUGUAUGACAUGAGAAACUGGAUUGAAGAAACCAUGGAAAGGUGGUGAUCUCAUAUAGUGAUAUGUGAGAGAACAGUUGGUUCAGGUUCAAGGUUUUAUAUAUUGUAAAAAUUCUUGAAAUCUACGUGGGAAUGGUGGAUGAAGAGGUUGAUUUUGUAAGGUUUGCAACUUGCACUCAUGCAAAGGCUGAGUGUUCUUGGUUGUAAGGCCUCUUUUGGCUUUGGGAGAAGCUUUAAUGAUCAAAAACUAGGUUGUUUAGCUGGAUCAAUAUUGCCCAUUAUACGUAAAAAUGCUAUUGAGUCUUGUUAUAUAAAGACACGAGGUGUGUUUAGGCUUGGAAAUGUCGAGAAACAAAUUUGUGCAGUUAGGUCCUCGAGGAUAUGGAGUGUGAAUAAUGAUAAUGUUGAUGAAUUAUUUAAUGGCGGUGGUGAUGAAGAUGAUGAUGAUGAGUUGUGCCCGGUUGAAUGCGUGAGAGAAUUUAACACGGAUGAGGAAUUCUCGAGAAUAAUGGAGAAGGCAAAGCAAACUGGCGCUCUGGUUGUGGUGGACUUCUACCGCACGUCUUGUGGCAGCUGCAAGUACAUCGAGCAGGGAUUCGUGAAGCUCUGCAAGGGAUCCGGUGACGAAGAGGCACCCGUUGUUUUCUUGAAACACAAUGUGCUUGAUGAGUACGAUGAACAAUCCGAGGUUGCAGAACGCCUUCGAAUCAGGUCUGUGCCCCUCUUUCAUUUCUACAAGAACGGAGUGCUACUCGAAGCGUUUCCUACACGUGAUAAAGAGAGGAUACUUUCAGCCAUUCUUAAAUACUCGGGUUCUUCUCCUCAAGAUGCUUGAGUUGAUGAUCUGGUUUGCAUUUAGACCUUUAGAAAUAAUAGUCCAGAAUAUUUUGCCUUUGUACCUUAUUAUUCUUGGUGCUCAAUACUAACGCUGGGCGCCCCUCCACGGUUUUCGUUUCCUUGAAAUUGGAAUUUGUAACGUUGUACCGGCAUCUAUGUUUUGGAGAAAUUUAUGUCAUUUGUUCUCAUGUUCUUCUGUCAUGAGCAUAUUUUUCUCUUUGCAAAAAGUUUGUCUUUCUGUUUAGAACUGCAUGUUUCUUGAAAGAGUUAGUUAUUGCUGAAUUUAUG